CUCGAAUUGAGCUUAUCAACAGAUGGCGACGACGACGGAGUCAUAUCACUCCGGAACAGAAGCCCUUUCCAAUCUCCAGCCAGAGUACAUGACCCCUCUGUCUAAGACCGGAUACCUACUAACCGGUAUCUACCUUACAAUUGUCGGUACGAUCGCGACGAUUGGCAAUAUCACGGUGAUCUGUGUGCUGUUCCGUUAUGGGACCUUUCGGAAGCGGUCCAUCAAUCUUCUCCUAAUAAACAUGGCGGCCAGUGACUUGGGCGUAUCUGUGACCGGCUACCCUCUUACAACGUUAUCGGGGUACUGGGGACGAUGGCUCUUCGGGGAUGUUGGUUGCAAGUUCUACGCAUUUUGCGUCUAUACACUUUCUUGUAGUACCAUCACAACGCAUGCAGUCAUUGCAUUUUACCGAUACAUCUAUAUUGUGAAGACUGACCUCAGACCGAAAUUGACUGCGAAUUUCACGUCCAUUGUCAUCAUCUUUAUAUGGGUAUAUGCCUUAUUCUGGACUUUGACUCCCUUUGUCGGCUGGAGCAGUUACGUCUACGAGCCCUUCGGUACUUCUUGUUCUAUCAACUGGUUUGGACGAUCAUUCAAUGAUAUCUCCUACAUGGUGGCCUGUGUUAUCGGCGUCUAUCUUGUCCAGAUUAUCGUCAUGGUCUACUGUUACCACCACGUGGCUAAAAAAAUCAGAGGAAUAGACCCAGAACGAACCCAGGGAAAAGAUUCAGGUGUCAACGUCUUCAGGAAACUCCGAAGAAGAGAAGCAAAGAUAGACACACAUGUCACAAAGAUGUGUUUCAUGAUGAUGAUAAGCUUCAUAAUAGUCUGGACUCCUUACGCAGUUGAGAGUCUGAGGGUGGCUCACGUGCAUCGCAUCAGUGCUUUUUCAGCUGUCAUCCCAACAAUGUUCGCGAAAAGUUCUUGCAUGCUUAACCCCAUCAUAUUUUUGUCAUCGAGCUCCAAGUUCCGACGGGAUCUGCGCAAGAUGUGGAGUUCCCCUCCGUCCCACGAAUCGCUUCGCCAGGAAGAACGCAACAAGACGCAACCCUCGCUCUAUGUCCGACAUAGCGAUAUAUCCUCGGUAUACCGAAACAACACUGCUUCCGUGUACUAUGACAAAGAGCGAAUCUACAUCGGUGAAAUGCGCGCCACCAGUAUACAGAAGGAAGCUGAACUCAUGCGACGCGACCCGGAAGUGCUCUCGAUUGCGUCAUCGACAAGUUCUGACGUCCAUUUUGUGGUGAGGGAUUCGAAGAGGCCCAAAAGGGCCCUGGGACCGCGUGGCCCUGAAAUGUUUACAGCUUCUGGGUACACCAACCACGCGAGUUCAACGAGUGAUAGUGCUGGACAGUCGACGUCGUCUGGCACAAAGAGGACUGGUUUUGGAAGUCGUAAAGCGUCAAGACAAUAUUCCGUAAAGUCCCAGUCGGAAGAAACUGCAAAUUCGGGAGAAAUAUUUACUCUUGACGGUAGUGGUUUGGAAAUGAUGAGCUUACGAAGGCUUUAAGACUACUAUAUAAGAUGUAAAUGUUUGGCUAUUCUGUUGAUAUCUUAUUUAAAAAAUGGGGGGAAAUUCACUUUUGGAUGUGUAUGCAAACUGUUCCAAUUCUUUCCACUUUGAAGAUAAUUGUUGAUUAUUGUCACGCACAUUGGCGUCCUAUGAUUAUCCCACUGGCUUUAAGUGAGUCACGUUUGAUUUAUCACUCAGGUGUUUUGUCGUGUUAUCUGUACUUUUCUACACAUCGAAGUGUGUCUUACUGUGGAUUAUCUUAUGUGAAGGUGUCAGGUACCCUAUUACCUUGCCGACUACAGGUGUAUUCUUACAAAGUACCUGUAUCCCCAACAAAUUAUUUAUUUUUGAAAAGCUGACACAGAUAUUUGCUUUACACAUGUUUGCUUUAAGAUAAAGAAAUAAUUGUCAUUCAAGGCUUUGGCUUCGAAAACAAUGAUUUUUCAAUAAAUGACGUUCUACUUAUAAUUUCACAAGACUGGGGGUGAUUAAAGUUUUGAUGGAUUAUUUCAAUU